UAAACUUGGCUAAACAUUUGAUUAUUCUUUAUUUCUUUGUAAUAUUAUUUUUUGAUAUUGUUGUGUAUAAUAUAUUAAUAUUGCUAAUCUUUGAAAUAAUGUUGUUACAAUUAACAAUACUAUGGUAUUCGUAAUCGUCAUUCGAUGAUAUCAUCGUUUCGUAUUCAGUUUUCUGUGUAGUGUAACUGUAAUCCAAUAUUUGUCAUAGCUUGGGUGUUGUCUAUACGUUAUAUGCAUACACUCAUAUGAAAGUUACAAACAGUUUAUAAUUCUUAACAUUUAUACAACUAUAGAAAAAUAAAUUAUACAUCAUGACUGAUCAGUUCGGUCCCAUUACUCUAAAAUGGGAUCCCAAAAAUCUAGAGAUACGUACUAUGUCUGUGGAAAAGACAUUAGAACCAUUAGUUUUACAAGUGACUACUUUGGUAAACACUAAAGGUACUUCACGAAAGAAGAAAGGACGUUCAAAAAGAGCUCAUGUUCUAGUUGCUGCUGUUGAAAAAGCGACAGAAAAUUUUAUCGAAGUUGGAGAACAAAUUGCUUUUGAAAAUCCUGAUAUAAAACAAGAAAUGUUAGCUGCAGUUGAAGAAGUUCGAAAAACUGGUGAUGCUAUGAGUAUUGCUGCAAGAGAGUUUGCUGAAGAUCCUUGUGCUUCAGCUAAACGUAGCAAUAUGGUAAGAGCGGCAAGAAAUCUCUUAUCAGCCGUAACACGCCUACUUAUACUUGCAGAUAUGGUUGAUGUACAUUUAUUAUUGAAAUCAUUAAGAGUUGUUGAAGAUGAUUUAGAAAAAGUUAAAAAUGCUUCAAGUCAAGCUGAACUACUUGACAAUAUUAAAGUAUUUGGUAGAAGUGCUAGUGAACUUAUGAGUCAAGCUGCAAAACGCCAACAAGAAUUAAAGGAUCCUCAAUUACGUGAUGAUCUAGCAGCAGCUCGCGCUAUUUUAAAAAAACAUUCAACUAUGCUGUUAACCGCUUCCAAAGUUUAUGUAAGACAUCCAGAACUUGCUGCAGCUAAAGCUAAUCGUGAUUUUGUAUUGAAACAAGUGUGUGAAGCUGUUAAUACUAUUAGUGAUGUUGCCCAAGGUCGAUCUGCAGCAAUGAACGAUAAUGGGAAUCAAAUUUAUGAUGGACCUGGUGAAUUGGCUGCUGCACUUGAUGAUUUUGAUGAAAGAAUGGUCAUGGAUCCUCUUGUUUACAAUGAAGUGCGUACUCGUCCUUCUUUAGAAGAACGACUAGAAAGUAUUAUUAGUGGAGCUGCAUUGAUGGCUGAUUCUUCAUGUACUCGUGAUGAGCGUAGAGAAAGAAUUGUUGCAGAGUGUAAUGCUGUACGCCAAGCAUUGCAGGAUUUGCUUUCUGAAUAUAUGUCUAAUCAAUUGCAACUCCAAAGGGUCGGAAAAAGGAUGAGUGUAAAAGAAACUAGUGAAGGAUUGGAACGUGCUAUUGAUCAUAUGUGCCGUAAGACCAGAGAUUUGAGACGACAAUUACGUAAAGCUGUUGUAGAUCAUGUGUCUGAUAGCUUUCUAGAAACAAGUGUUCCAUUACUUGUUUUGAUUGAAGCAGCACAUUCAGGUGAUGAAAAAGAAGUUGAAGAAUGUGCUCUAGUAUUCACUGAACAUGCAAACAAACUUGUUGAAGUUGCUAAUCUUGCGUGUAGCAUGUCAAACAAUGAAGAUGGCGUAAAAAUGGUCAGAACAGCUGCUGCACAAAUUGAGAAUUUAUGUCCACAAGUGAUAAAUGCGGCUAGAGUUCUUGCUGUUCGGCCCCGAUCUAAAUUAGCACUUGACAAUAUGGAUGUUUUUAGAGAUGCCUGGCAAGCACAAGUCAGAUUACUGACUGAAGCUGUUGACGAUAUAACAACCAUUGAUGACUUUUUAGCUGUUUCGGAAAGUCAUAUUUUGGAAGAUGUGAAUAAAUGUGUUCUUGCACUUCAAGAAGGAUCAGCUGACCCAUUAGACAGAACUGCUGGAGCAAUUAGAGGCCGUUCAGCUAGAGUUUGUAAUGUAGUAGCUGCUGAAAUGGAUAAUUAUGAACCGGGUAUAUAUACUGAACGUGUAUUAGAAGCAAUAAAAGUAUUACGUGAUCAAGUUAUGCCCAACUUUGCUCAACGUGUUGAGUUAGCUGUAGAUGCUUUAUCAACCAAUCCUCCUAAAGAAGUAGAUGAAAAUGAUUUUAUUGAUGCUUCUAGACUUGUUUAUGAUGGUGUAAGAGAGAUACGUCGAGCAGUUCUCAUGAAUAGAACUGAUGAAGAAUUAGAUCCUGAAGAUAUAGAGUUCGAUGAACAUUAUACAGUUGAGACAAGGAGUAGAUCAAGUGCUCAUACUGGAGAACCUUUGGAUGAGUAUCCAGAUAUUAGUGGAAUUACUACAGCACGUGAAGCUAUGAGAAAAAUGACGGAAGAAGAUAAACAAAAAAUCGCUCAACAAGUUGAAUUCUUUAGGAGUGAAAAGCUGAAGUUUGAUCGUGAGGUAGCUAAAUGGGAUGAUACAGGAAAUGAUAUUAUUGUUCUUGCCAAACAUAUGUGCAUGAUCAUGAUGGAAAUGACAGAUUUUACCCGUGGCCGUGGACCAUUAAAAACUACCAUGGAUGUUAUUAAUGCAGCUAAGAAAAUUUCAGAAGCUGGAACAAAAUUAGAUAAACUUACUAGACAAAUUGCCGACCAAUGUCCAGAAUCAUCAACCAAAAAAGAUUUGUUAGCUUAUUUACAACGUAUUGCUUUGUAUUGUCAUCAGCUAAAUAUCACGUCUAAAGUUAAAGCCGAUGUACAAAAUAUAAGUGGUGAACUUAUUGUUUCUGGGUUGGAUAGUGCUACAUCUCUAAUUCAAGCAGCGAAAAAUUUAAUGAAUGCUGUUGUAUUAACUGUUAAGUCUUCAUAUGUAGCCAGUACUAAAUACCCUAGACAAGGAGCAGAUCUCCAAAAACUUGUUGUCUGGAAAAUGAAAGCUCCUGAAAAGAAACCACUUGUAAGACCAGAAAAACCUGAAGAAGUUAGAGCUAAAGUAAGAAAAGGCUCUCAAAAGAAAGUACAAAAUCCAAUAAAGGCUUUAAGUGAAUUUCAAAGUCCUACUGAAUCUGUUUGAAAUUGUAUACUUACUAUUUUCCAUUUAGACAUUUAGCAAAUACUGAUUUCAGACAUAAGUAUAUUUGUACAUUAAUCAAUAAAAAUAAAUGCCAAAUAAUACUAGAUUAAUUAAAAUAAAACAUUAAAUAUUGUUUUUAUAUUACUAAAAAAAUGAUUAAAUUUAUUAUUUUAUAUUUAUGGUUUUGUGGCCAAAAUCAAUGAAUGACUAAAUAUACUAGUUAUAUUUGCUGAAUGUCCAAAAUAAAUGAUUUUUACUACAAGUAUUAAAAUCUACGAACAAUCACUAUAUUACCUUCAUUGAUAUUUAGUUUGUUAUUAAUUAUUAUUAUAAUAAUCAUUAUAUUAUAAUCAACUUUUUUGUAUUUUUAAAUUUAGUUUAUAAUUUACCAAAUAAUAGGGUUAUAUAUAUCCUAUAUUAUUAUUUAUACCGUCCUAGAAAUUAAUUUUUUAGCAUUAAUAUAUAUUAAAUUUAUAUUAAUAAAAAUAAUUAAUUUUCUUCAGUCUAGUAGAAAAUUUUUUAUCCAUAAUUUGUCUGUAGAUUUUGAAUAAUAAGCUAAAUGCUAAAUGCUUGACACAUUUUUGAUAUGUUUUAUUAAAUUGUAUAACAUAAAUUGUUUUUAAUAUAAAAAUAAAUAUACCUACCAACUAUUAUUUA